UUUGCCUCGGACAUCAACAGAGCAAUCUCUGACGAAAAAGCACAGUGACACGAAAAGAAAUACUAAGAAACAACUUCGCUGCUUUGGGAAUUUGUUCUUUGUGGAGCGUCUUGCUAGGUUCACCCCUAUUAACGUUUUGUAAACCGUAGAGGUGUGUAAUAAAGCAUAGCGAAAGCGCAUCAUGGUGUGUGUGUGUGUGCAUAAAAGUUUUAAAAAGUAUGGCAAACUAUGGUAACUAUUAUAAUCACGGUAACUAUGGUAACAAUUACAAAUGCAAUUAUGUAUUUCACUCUGAAAAUGUCCUUUCUAAAGUAGGCCCCAGGGUAUUGGAUUAAGGACAACUAUGCGUGUUAAAGCUGACGGCGGUGUUCAGAUUUGGACUUGCAUAUCCCUGACUGAGAACAAGAACAGUGAGCAUGAUGCCUGUUUUAUGCUCUUCCAAUACCCGAUCAAAUUGUCAAUCGAAUAGCUGGUAUCUUAUACGUCCAUCGAUAAACAAUACGCCCAGUGAUCUUCAAGGAAUGGAUUUCUAUAUCUUGUCUCAGUCUGUUGUGUUCCAGCUGUGUGCUCCUCGAAACUUAAUAACUUAAUAAUCUAUCGCAUGACUUUCCUGCCUGAAUUAUAAAUGGCGAUUUUAAAAGACAUCAAGUAAAGGAAAGCGAUACGAAAAUGUCGACUCUUCAUUCAUUUGAACGGGCCACCGGAUUUAUUUUAGCCAUGAAAGAUUUCUUUUUUUUAUUAUUAUUAUUAACUCUGUAGAAGCAAAACGGAACAUUAAAAUGUUGGUUUCUGUUUUGAAAGAAUGUUCCAGCACUGCACCCGAAUAUAAAGUGUUGAAGCCCCACCUAAUGGACACUAAGGAGAAAGACGGGAGGGGGCGCAAACUCCUAUUAGCUAACUGCAGUCGGGCUACUGCAACACCUCACGAAUUGAUUAAUCUGCAGCAUUCUUGAAGAGGACAUUUCUGGAAUCAAAACUCCAGUACAAGAAUCUGGCAGUGAGGGAGUGCAUCGUGUCAGUGUUGAAUUGGAGAUGAAAGUCAUCCAAGACGAGAUGGACAGAAGCACACCCAGCCAACCUUUAGCACGCACUGCGGUACACUCAGGCGAAGAAGACUCAGGCGAAGAAGACUCAGGCGAAGCUCCCAGUUCCCCUGAUUCCAUUGCUGACCCCCAACUGGAAUACCCAGCCCAAGAAGGGCACCCUGCUUUGGACACCGCAUUGACCCCAAGUGAGGAAGAUGUUGGAGCCCCAACUCCGGGUUCUGGAGAUGUUCCUGCUGUAUCUUGGAGCUUGGACCAAGGCCUGGUUCCUACUGCUGAUUCUGAUGAUAAAAAGAAGGAGAAAAAAGAAAAGAACCACCUUCAGAAGAAGUCCAAGGCCAAGAAGAUGAAGAAAAAUAAACCGUCUCCAGCGAAGGCUUCAUCAGAUCUCGGCUGGGAUAUCACGAAGGUGCUGAGACCUUGGUGGUUGAUAGUUGUCCUGAUAGUUAUACUGCUAGGCGUGCACUCUGCUGAUGCUACCAAUACACCCUCUCUGGUCUGUAUUGGGCAAACGGCAGCCCUGGAGUUUAACAAGCAGGGCCCUGUAAAAGGACCUUGCACUGUGUACAAAGGAAAUUUGCGGAACGCCAAGCUGGUUUACAAAAAUGAGAUUGUAUCUGACUGUCCUCCAAAACCAUACGUCCUCCCGGGUGAUCAAAGCUACUUAUUCUGCAAAGCGGACAACAGAACAGCCCUGCUUCUGGUGUUAAAUGUUACAUUGGAGCACAACAGCAAAUUCACAGUUGAAUUUAUAACUCAAAAUGGCAGCUCAGGCUUCAUGGAAACCAGCCUGCAAGUCAAUAGCACUGAUUGCCCUUCAAAAACGACAAAUACGGAGUCUCACAACGAUACGAACACAGCAAGCAACCCCAGUGCCAGCAUCCUAAUUAUUCUUUUUUCCGUGUUUGGAGUUUGGAGUCUCUUUGCUAUUCUUGUGGCUGCGUACUGUUUUUGCAAAAGAAGGUCCAAUAGAAACCAAGAAAACAUAGAAUUAGGUGAAGUGGCCUCUAGUGGAUCGGAUGAGCGUGACCAGCCACCUGUAACUGGAAAUGGAUACCAACCAGUAGCAAGGAGAGACACUGCAGGAUCUCCUGAGGAUCGGCCUGCAGCUGACUGAAGAUGUACUCCACAUCCCGAAGCUGUGGGCCAAUUACUCUUCACAGCUAUCUGUUCAAUGCAUUAACUUCAUUAGCUAUAACAGUUCACCUUCUGUGGCAUGCUUGGCUUUGCUUAUUUAUAUUCAUUAAACAUAGAAAAAUGUACCCAUUAAAACUAGCAGGCAGGCUUUUAUAUUGUAUUCACUAAUUAUUUUAAAGAGAGCCUUACAUUUUUGUUAAUAUCUUGCGCCUAUAGCUGUAGUUCUACUUCAAUUUUAUUUGCUCACUAAUGGCUAUUUUCAUGUAUCUUGAAUUAAUAAUUAUGUUAUGUUAUUAAAGUUGCACACAAUUGA